CGGAAGCGGUGGGGUCCUGGGAUUCCGACAGCCGGUGGGUCCAGGCCAUGGGGCAGCCCUGGGCGGCUUCGAGCGCAGAGGGGGCGCCCGCGCGGCUACCUCUCGUGCUCACGUUGCUGUGGGCUGUGGCCGUGGGCCUGGAGCUGGCUUACGUGCUGGUGCUGGGUCCUGGGCCGCCCCCGCUGGGACCCCUGGCCCGGGCUUUGCAGCUCGCGCUGGCCGCCUUCCAGCUGCUUAACCUGUUGGGCAACGUGGGGCUCUUUCUGCGCUCGGACCCCAGCAUCCGGGGCGUGAUGCUGGCCGGUCGCAGCCUGGGCCAGGGCUGGGUACUUAUCAAGUAUCUACCGUGUGCAAGUUACUGCUACCAGUGCCAAAGCCAGGUGCCGCCACGCAGUGGGCACUGCUCUGCCUGCCGAGUCUGCAUCCUUCGCCGGGACCACCACUGCCGCCUGCUGGGCUGCUGCGUGGGCUUCAGCAACUACCGGCCUUUCCUGUGUCUGCUGCUGCACGGCGCUGGCGUCCUGCUCCACAUCUCUGUGCUGCUGGGCCCUGCCCUUUCAGCCCUGCUGAGAGCCCACUCACCCCUGCACGCCGCUGCCCUCCUCCUGCUUCCCUGGCUCAUGCUGCUCACAGGCGGUGUGUCUCUGGCUCAGUUUGCCCUGGCCUUCGUGAUGGACACGUGCGUGGCAGGCGCCCUUUUGUGCGGGGCUGGGCUGCUCUUCCAUGGGAUGCUGCUGCUUCGGGGCCAGACCACAUGGGAGUGGGCUCGGGGCCAGCACUCUUACGACCUGGGCCCCUGCCACAACCUGCAGGCAGCCUUGGGGCCCCGCUGGGCUCUCGUCUGGCUCUGGCCUUUCCUGGACUCCCCACUGCCUGGGGAUGGGAUCACCUUCCAGACCAAAGCUGAUGUGGGACUCAUGGCCUCCUGACUCCGAAAGAGCCAAAAUUGUACAGAGAGGAGGGGGUGUGAGGGUCUGAUCUCCCCAGACUCAAGAGGGAAAUCAGGGUGGCCCUUAUUUCUUGUCUGGGGGCAACUCCAGGCCACACGGGCAUUAGCAGCCUCAUUACCCCUCUACCUCCAGAAUAUCUUUCAUUGUUUCCUUUUUAUUAGUAAGGAGAUACUAAAUAAACACCCCCUACCCCAUUUGAGGAAGUUACUCUUAACAUUUCCUCUGGAGUUCCUUCUGUGCUCCCCUACACUGCCCUGUCUCAGUCAUUCUCUUGUUUUUAUUUAUUUAUUCCCUUGGCUUUGCUUCUGCCCAGCUUGGACUCCUGUGUGCCAGGGCUUGGGCCCUGCGACUGCUUCUUCUGACAGAGGAGCACAGAGGUAUGGCAAGGGCUGCUUAGCCUGGUCUCUCUCAACUUUUCUCCUUUGCAAGAGGGUCCCACUUCCAACUCUCUUUGGAAGUGCUCUAAACUUUAUUUUUCCUAAAUAAACUCUCUCGGUAACCCUGAAAAAAAAGUGGGGGGCUUGCUUCGCCAGCCUAGUUGCCCCUUUGCUGACUUUGUUCUCACUCCAUCUUUGUGGGAUUUCUGAUCCCUCACUUUGUUGCUGGGGCUGCUGUUUCUGGUUCUUCUGGUUGUCAGGCCUAGAAACCAUGAAUUCCCAAGGCUCAGAGGGGCCAAGGGUGAGGCGGGGAUGUCCUUAUGAUCCAGGGCACGAGAAUGCAAACAUUCUUUCCCAGGCUCAGCAUUUUAUCAUUGGAAGUAUUAUCUGCGACAGCAGUCUCACAGAUCCCCUCUUAGGUCACCUGCCACCAUGGGCAGCCAUUAUACACCUUAUUUUGUGGGUAAAAACCUUAAAGCUUUUAGAGUUAAGAUCACAGUGGAGUAAAUGGAGGCGCCAGGCAGGGUUUGAAUCCAGGUUUUUGUGCUUUUACCUUCACCCCUGCAGAGCUGAAGAAAGUGAGUGGGGAAAAAAAAUCAAGGCAAAUAAAUGGGCUGAGGAUGUGUAGACAUCUGGGAAGGAUAGCGAGGAUGGUGCUGAGAGGCCUGAGCCUGCUCCCCUCUGUUGACUCUUUGGGAGCUGCUUUUUUAAAAACAUUUUUGUAUAAAUAUAGUAACUAGAGGGCCUGCUGGUUAAACAUUGCAGGCUUAAACACAUGAGUUUAUCUCCGUUUCCUCUUAGGAUUUUACUAAAAUGAUAGUAAAGAAGUAAAAAAGAUAACGUACUUACAAGAGGAAAGAAAACAGGAGAGGAGACAGCUGUAAACCAAAGCACCUGACAACAUUUUGGAAGAGGGAUUGUAGAUGGAGGCUUAGUUACUCUUAGCAGGGAAUUAAAACUCGAAAUGUGGGGCAGUGCCUGUGGCUCAGUGAGUAGGGCGCCGGCCCCAUAUGCCGAGGGUGGCGGGUUCAAACCCAGCCCCUGCCAAACUGCAACAACAACAAAAAAAACAGCCGGGCGUUAUGGUGGGCGCCUGUAGUCCCAGCUGCUCGGGAGGCUGAGGCAAGAGAAUCGCGUAAGCCCAAGAGUUAGAGGUUGCUGUGAGCCGUGUGACCCCACGGCAUUCUACCCAAGGGCGGUACAGUCUGUCUCUACAAAAAAAAAAAAAAAAAAAAAACGAAAUGUGUUCCCAAAGGGAGGGAUUAGAGAAGCAAGCAGAUUGCUUCCCACACACAGGAGAGGCCUAGGAAUUUCAGUACCAGGGAAGGUGAGGUGCAGUGCACUGUGCCCCACUCCGGCACUGCCCCUGGGGCUGGGAUUAGAGAAGCUCUGGAUCUUGGGCACUGGGGAGGGCAGGGGUGAGGGACUGGACCAAAAGUGGGAUUAAAUGGGAGUCCACGGAUACUGCUGGGGGGUCCUCCCAGGAAUUGGGAGGCUCCCCCAACCCCAAAGGACCCCCAGAGGAACAUACCCUCUGACAGGCUCUUCCCCCGCCAGGGAUAUUGGGACGGCUGCAUUACUCUUUCUGACACUGGGAACCGGCUGUGCGCCGCCAGGCCACACAGGCAUUAGCAGCCGCAUUGCCCCUCUACCUCCAGAAUAUCUUUUGUUUCCUUUUUAUUAGUAAGGAGAUACUAAACACUCCCCACCUCAUUUGAGGAAGUUACUCUUAACAUUUCCUCUGAAGUUCCUUCUGUGCUCCCCUACGCUGCCCUCAGUCAUUCCCUUGCUUUGAUUUAUAGUUUGACUGUGUCAGUUUUGCAAGUUUUUGAAUUUUAUAUAGAUGAAACCAUAGCAAGUUUAUUGUUGUGACUUGCUGUUUCACUUAAUAUUUAUGUUUCUGAGAUGUAUCCAGAUUACUGUACAAGUAAGGCGCCCCCUUCCCUGCUAUGCAGGAUGUGUUGUAUAAGUCACAUUAAUUUUUCUAUUUUGUUCCACUGGUCAUUUUAUUUACACCUUUCUCCUUUGGGAAGUAGCCACUAAGAUCUAUCCUUGGCCUUUGCUCUUGGAUGUAAAUUUUAGAAUCAGCUUGUCAGGUUCCACCAAUAAAAAUUCCUUUGACAUCAUAAAUGAACCUCAAUUGAAUCUAUAGAU